GCAUCUCCCCACAGUCGGGAGCGCGCCUCUGUCCACUGCCGUCUGUUUCCUCACUGCACAGCACGGCUCGCUACCCCGACGGUCCACGGUGCAACUAUGGCAGCCCUGAGUAAGAUACCGCACAGCUGCUAUGAGAUCGGGCACACAUGGAACCCUUCCUGUGUCAUGUCCACCCUGGAGAUCACUGCGGGAGCUCUGGAGGUCUCUUUCAAAAUAUAUGCACCGCUUUACCUGAUAGCAGCCAUCCUGCGGAGGAGGAAGAAGGAGUAUUAUCUGAAGAGACUCCUCCCUGAGAUCCUUCAGUCCACCUCCUUCCUCACCGCUAAUGGAGGACUCUACAUCGCCUUCUUCUGCAUUCUCAGGAAACUGCUGGGUGGCUUCACCUCGUGGUCAGCUGGGUUCGGAGCAGCUCUACCUGCCUCUUACAUCUCUAUCCUCAUGGAACGCAAGAGCAGGAGAGGUCUGCUGACGAUCUACAUGGCCAACCUGGCGACAGAGACCUUGUUCCGUAUGGCCGUCACACGAGGCAUCGUCAACCCCCUCAAACACGGGGAGGUUCUGCUGUUCUGUUUGACGUCAUCCCUCUACAUGUUCUUCUUCAGGAGUAAAGAUGGACUUAAAGGAUUCUCUUUCUCAGCGCUCAAGUUCAUCGUUGGGAAGGAGGAGAUUCCCACACACUCCAACCCGCCUGAACACAGCUAUCCACAACCCCCGGAGACAUCGAUCAACACAGAGUCACAGAGGUCAACAGGAAGCCCCGCAUCCGGCAGGAAGUCCCUCAUCACCCUCACCAGGAGACUGAUAGAAUCUAUAUGCAAACAUGGACCCAGACAUAGAUGCUGUAAACACGACCAAGACAACUGCAUAGCCUACUGUGUCAAGGGCUUCAUCCGUAUGUUCAGCGUGGGCUACCUGAUCCAGUGUUGCCUGAAGGUUCCGUCAGCGUUCCGCCAGGUGUUCACUAAGCCGUCUCGGCUCCCUUCUCUCUUCUACAACAAGGAGAACUUCCAGCUCGGGGCUUUCCUAGGGUCCUUCGUCUCUAUAUACAAGGGGACCAGCUGCUUGCUGCGUUGGGUGCGUAACCUUGAUGACGAGCUCCACGCCCUCAUAGCAGGUUUCCUGGCUGGCAUGUCCAUGUUCUUCUACAAAAGCACAACAAUCUCCAUGUACCUGUUCUCCAAGCUAGUGGAGACCAUGUACUUUAAAGGCAUUGAGACGGGCCACCUCCCUUACUUCUCCCAGGCUGACACCAUCAUCUACGCCAUAUCUACCGCAAUCUGCUUCCAGGCUGCGGUGAUGGAGGUGCAGAAUCUCAGACCCUCCUACUGGAAGUUUCUCCUCAGGCUCACCAAGGGCAGGUUUGCUUUUAUGAACAGGAGGGUGCUGGAUGUGUUUGGGACUCAGGCCUCCAGAGACUUCCAUGGAAUCAUGCCCAAAUUCCCCCGUUACGCCACCCCGACCCUGACCCCUGGAAAGAAACAUCACUCUGGGUUGACCCCACAUUGUUAGAGGUCAGGGGGUCAGCCAGAGGGGGGGGCGGGAGUCCUAAAUGGCCCCCUGUUUCCUGUAGAGUGCACUACUUUUGACCAGGGCCUGCGUAGGAUAGUGCACUACAUAGGGAACACAUGUGCCCUCUCUAAGGACCUAUGUCUGCGUGAGGACACUUCGUAAGGCUGUCGUAAGGCUGUUCAACCCCGUAGAGGGCAGAUGAUAUUGUAUGUAAUGUGGUGAGGGAGAAACUGGCCUCGCCGGGAGACGUCUGGAAAUCUGAGUUGAUUUAAUAUGAGCAAUAUGACUUAAACCUAUCCUCUCAGAUCUGCCCUGGUGAAUAGGGGCUAGGGGGAAGGGGAUAGGGACUAGGGGAUAGGGA